UUUUAGCGGUUUUUGGGUCCGUUAUAGCUGAUCGUGUGCAGGACCCCUUUGUCCAGAGAUAGGGGACGAAGAGUCUGAAGGAGCGGUUCUAGAGGUAGUAUUCAUCGCACAUCGGGCGCUGGCGGCGACAGCUUUGCCCAGAUCCCCGUCCCCAUCUCCCUGCGGUCUGUGCUUGCCUAGUUGGAUGGCUGCGCACAGGCACCAGGCUUAGGUAUCCAUUACUGCAGAAUUGGAUAUGGCCCUUAUACAGCAGGGCUGUGUGAGCUUUGAGGAUGUGGCCAUUUGCUUCUCACAUGAAGAGUGGAGACUCCUUGACAAGACUCAGAGGCUCCUGUAUCUCAGUGUUACGUUGCAGAACUUUGCACUUAUAAACUCUUUGGGUUGUGGUCAUAGAACAGAAGCUGAAGAGCAAAGAGUUUCUACACGAGCAUCCCAGGCUUGGAGAUCGGAGACAGCUCCAUCUGCACCGAAAGCUCACCUCUGCGAAAAGUGUGUCCCGAUUCUUCAAGACAUUUUGCACCUGCCAGAUCUACCUGGGCAGAAACAUAGUGUAGAGGUAUCUUCAAAAUGUGAUCAGCACCAAAAACAUACUAGUACAGAAAAUCCCUUGAAGAGGAACGCUGACAAGGCCUCGUACUUGAAACGAUGCCUGUUCCAUAUGUCAGCCAAGUCCUUUCCCAGUUGGGAUGUUGAGAAGGACCUGCCAGACAUACUGAGCCUUCUGAAGUCCCAGGUCCUUCCCAACAGUAAGAAGCCCAGCGAAAGCACUGAGGGUGGGAAAGAAACUCACAGUCAUGAAAGUCACAGGUCAGGAGACUGUGGGAAGCCUUCCAGUCAAAAGCAAGCAAUCGUUCACCAGCCAAAAGCCUCUUAUGGGAAAAAGCUUUAUGAGUGCAGCAAAUGUGGGAAAACAUUCCGUGGCAAGUACUCACUUGACCAGCAUCAGAGAGUCCACACUGGAGAAAGGCCUUGGGAGUGCAGUGAUUGUGGGAAACUCUUUAGCCAAACCUCCCACCUGAAUGAUCACCGUAGGAUACACACUGGAGAAAGGCCUUAUGAGUGCAGUGAAUGCGGAAAAUUAUUUAGACAGAACUCCAGUCUUGUUGACCACCAGAAAACGCAUACUGGAGCAAGACCUUAUGAGUGUAGCCAGUGUGGAAAAUCCUUUAGUCAAAAGGCCACACUUGUUAAACACCAGAGAGUUCACACUGGAGAAAGACCUUACAAGUGUAGUGAGUGUGGGAAUUCCUUUAGUCAAAGUGCCAUUCUUAACCAACACCGGAGAAUUCACACUGGAGCAAAGCCGUAUGAAUGUAACGAGUGUGGGAAAUCCUUUAGCCAAAAAGCUACCCUUAUUAAACACCAGAGAGUUCACACUGGAGAAAGGCCUUACAAGUGUACUGAAUGUGGGAAAUCCUUCAGUCAAAGCUCCAUCCUUAUUCAACACCGGAGAAUUCACACAGGGGCAAGGCCCUAUGAGUGUGGCCAGUGUGGAAAGUCUUUUAGCCAGAAGUCUGGUCUCAUGCAGCAUCAGGUAGUUCACACUGGAGAAAGGCCUUACGAAUGUGACACAUGCGGCAAUUCCUUUAGCCAGUGCUCUAGCCUCAUUCAUCACCAAAAAUGUCACGUGCAUCAGAAACCUCAUGAAAGGAGCAGAUGUGGAUAAGAAUGGCUGCCCUUACCCAUGCAUGAGGACAGAGUUGCAUCAAAACGAUGCUACCAAGCCUCCUGCUUUCCAGAAAGUUGUUGGUGUGCAGUGAAGGAUGAAGAAGAACUUCUUGAACCAAUCAUUUCUCUUGGAGCGCCACAUGUUAACACUCCAAAGGCAGCUUCUUUCUUCACGCAGACAACUUACCCUUGUGACGUAUGUGACCCCAUUUUGAAUGGUCUUUUGGAUGUGGACGAACACCAAGGAACACACACUGCACUUAUAACAUGUUCAUGCAGGGCAUGUGAGAAACAGUUCUGGUUAAGUGAAAGCUUUUGCCAGAACCUGAAGCAUAACACUGUAGAGAAUUCUUCACAAAAUAAUCAAGGUGAAGCCUCGUUAGUUAAGAAUUUCAAAGGUCAUGUAGAGCCUUACUUUUCAGAGAAGCCUUCUGCGUUUGAGGUGGCGCAGAGGAAGCUUCAGGACCAUCCGAUUGGUGCCCGACGAAAGGUCACCUACAGCCAGAAGAUAGCAGGGAGCAUUGAGAACGAAGACAACUUUCGUGUUGGACAAAUGCAUUAUAAGUGUAGUGAGUGUGGGAAAGGUUUUAACCGCAAAGAUACCCUGGUGCAGCACCAGAGGAUCCACAGUGGAGAAAAGCCUUUUGAGUGCAGGGAAUGUGGGAAAGCCUUCAGCCGCAAAGCCACACUCGUCCAGCACCAGAGGAUCCACACUGGAGAAAGACCGUAUGAGUGUGGUGAAUGUGGAAAAGCCUUCAGUCGCAAAGACAACCUCACUCAGCACAGGAGAAUCCACACUGGAGAAACGCCGUACAAGUGCACUGAAUGUGGGAAAUACUUUAGCCAUCACUCCAACCUCAUAGUACACCAGCGAGUUCACAGUGGAUUGAGGGCUUAUAAGUGCAGUGAUUGUGGGAAAGUAUUCAGACACAAAUCUACCCUUGUUCAGCAUGAAAGUAUCCACACUGGAGAAAACCCUUAUGAUUGCAGUGUUUGUGGGAAAUCCUUUGGGCACAGAUACACCCUCAUUAAACAUCAGAGAAUUCACACCCAGACGAAGCGUUUUGAAUGCACUGAAUGUGGGAAGCUUUUCAGUAGAAGCUCUGAUUUUAUAGUACAUCAAAGGGUUCACACUGGGGAAAGGCCUUUUGUGUGCAGCAAGUGUGGGAAAGAUUUCAUCCGAACCUCCCACCUUGUUCGGCACCAGAAAGUUCACUCUGGAGAAAGACCAUAUGAGUGCGGCGAGUGUGGGAAAGCCUACAGCUUAAGCUCCCACCUGAAUCGGCACCAAAAGAUCCACGCAGCCAGGAGACUGUAGGAGUGCUUGCAACACAGUGUUCAGUCAGGUGCCGAGUCUCAGAUAGAGCUAUGUUGUAUUUCUGACCAGCUCAAGUAACUUGCCAGCGUUCUUUCACUCAGUGCAUAUGGCUGAAAUCACUUGAACUCCUCCAUCUUGGUUUUUCCAACAUCCUCUGGAAAGAAAACUUAAUUACUCAGCUCAGUCCCUGUGAUAAUUGUGAAGCACACGUGAUAACAGUAGGAUUUCUCUCUCUGUCAUAACUGACUGGUAGACUUGUCUUCAGCUAAGAUGGUCUGAGCUGUGCUUGUAUUUGGCUUGCAAAGAUAAUUUACUUCAUGGAUGUUGUUUUUGUGUGAAAUAUUUUUAUUUGUUGACUUGAGACAGUACUGUUAUUUGGCCUAAGCUAGCCUUGAACUUCCCUUUCCUCAGUUUCUUAGUAGCUGAGAGUUUAGACAUGUGCCACUAUCCCGAGCUCUUUAUGAACUUCAUAACAUACUGUUUUUUUCCCAUCUUUUAUGUCAUCCAGCCAGAACAAUUACUUUUCUCCUAUUACUCUGCUUUCCAAUGAUAAAUGCCUUAGAAUUGUGACUUUUAAUCUUAGAAAGGCGAGAGUGUAUUGAAAACAGAUAGGAUUUGACAAACUAAAGAGGUAAACAGCCCUGUAUUUUAAUAGGACAGCGAGUUGCUGGAGAGCAAUUCUUAACCCAGUUAUGGUGUUACCUUGUAUUGUUGAAAAAAGCUUCAUGGAUAAUAAUUUCAGGUAUUUGGAGGAUCUGACUUGACUGGAUUUCAGAGUUAUUGGAAGGACCACGAACUGGUUUUGUAAAAACUUGCCGUGUGCUUGGGAGCAGAAUGCAACAUUUGUCUCAUUUCUAGCGCAUGUGCUAUCUCCUUGCACAAUCGAGGAGACCUCUAUGGCUGUAUUCUCUGGGGUCAGGAUUGGGAUAUAGGCUACCAUAUAUAUAACCCAAAGUGCUGCUAAACAAUAGUAUGGAAAUAGUGAAUGUGAAUAUUUGGAAUUACAGAUUAAUUUCAAUUAACUACAGGGGAAAUUCUUUCUUUGAAUUUUUAUUUUUGCUAAGAACAUUCUUAAAUGUUCUACUCAGGAUAACUGUGUAGGAUAAGAAGAUCUGUAGAAUUCUUCGGGAUAAAGUGCUGUACCACUUAGAACCAAGGUUACUGGUUCAACAUAGAUUUUUUUUCUAGAUUCCUAUGCCUUCCUGAGAUCUUUGCCAAAUGUAUUUGCUUUAUAGGUAGUAACCCCAAGAGAAGAGUGAUAUGAUUCAAGAAUGAUUCAAGAACAUAACUUUUGUGAGUUGCCAGAAUUCUUAGUUAUAGAGGAAAUGGCCUUUGUUGCUUACAACUGGGGAGAUGGAUUCCUAAGGCAUGUGCAGUGAUAUGGUAGAAUUACUAUAUUAAUGUCCACUUGUUUGAUUUUACAGUAGAAGUAGGUGGUCUAGAAAAUUAUUUUAAUUAUUUUUAGGCUUUAUGGAGUGUAAUCAGCAUACUCGAUCUAUAUUGUGUAGUUUGAUAUAUGUGUAUGUACUGUAAAGCCAUUCUAGCAGUGAUGUUGAUCAUACCCCAGAGUUCUAAAUUUACCUUCUUCAUGCUCUUCACUCAAUUCCUAGGCAGCCGCGAAUUUUACUGUAUAUAUGUUCUUCAAGAGGUUAUAUGUCAAUGUGACUAUGAAGUGUUUAUGUACAUUUUGUCUUCUGUUUGUCCGAAUAGCUAAUUUGACAUGUAUUUACAUUAUGUGUGUGAAUAGCUCAUUUAUUAUUGACUACUGGAAAUAUAGAUUUACUACAAUUACUUUAUUAUCAUAUUGGUGCAGGAGAAUUGUCUGUAUUCUGUCAAUCAUGUUAUAAAUAAACGCUGAUUGU